CAUUAGUGGAACCCAGCCCUCAGCUUAACUACAGUAGCGGUACACAGACUAUGGUUAGUAGCCCACUAAUCAUACCAUCUAUAUGGUUGGUAGGACUAGGGUUAGUAGAACUAGGGUUAGUAGAACUAGGGUUAGUAGGACUAGGGUUAGUAGGACUAGGGUUAGUAGAACUAGGGUUAGUAGAACUAGGGUUAGUAGAACUAGGGUUAGUAGGACUAGGGUUAGUAGAGUUAGGACUAGGGUUAGUUGGACUAGAGUUAAUAGGACUAGGGUUAGUAGAACUAGGGUUUUUAGGACUAGGGUUAGUAGGACUAGGGUUGGUAGGACUAGGGUUAGUAGAACUAGGGUUAGUAGAACUAGGGUUAGUAGGACUAGAGUUAAUAGGACUAGGGUUAGUAGAACUAGGGUUAGUAGGACUAGAGUUAAUAGGACUAGGGUUAGUAGAACUAGGGUUAGUAGGACUAGAGUUAAUAGGACUAGGGUUAGUAGAACUAGGGUUAGUAGGACUAGGGUUAGUAGGGUUAGUAGGACUAGGGUUAGUAGAACUAGGGUUAGUAGGACUAGGGUUAUUAGGACUAGGGUUAGGAUUAGGGUUAGUAGGACUAGGGUAAGUAGAAAUAAGGUUAGGAUGGUUACGAGGACUAGGGUUAGUAGGACUGGGGUUAGGACAAGGAUUACUAGGGUUAGUAGCACUAGGGUUGGUAUGACUAGGGUUAGCAGGACUAGGGUUAGUGGGGUUGGGACUAGGGUUAGCAGGGUUCGUAGGACUAGGGUUAGUACCAGUCCUAUUCCCAGUGACUCCUGCCCGACAGCUGGUCUCUCAGGUAACAGGAGGCUGCACUGAGCAUGCUCCACACGAGACCCAGGUAACCCUACCUCACACUUACACACACACUCACUCACACACGCACACACACUCACUCACCCACACGCAAACACACACACACACACACACACACACACACACACACACACACUCACUCACAGGGUGUUUAGUGGACUCCAUGGUUUCCUGACUUGGUCUCUCGGAGGCGGAAGGGGGAAUAUCCUGGGAUAUCGUCUCUGGAGCACUGUUUCCCUUCCUGGAGUGAGGCGGACUGGACCGUACCACCUCAUCUGUCCCGGGGGGCGCUGGCUCCACCACAGGUCACAACUGUACUCACAACAGACUGGAGUUGGACCGAGACCAGUUAGUCCAGGAGGUAGUGCCGUACCAGACCAUCAGAGGCUGGGGAGACCUUCUGGUGACGUGUUGGAUCAGCCCCUCCGGGGGGGAUCUGCUCUCUGGUCAACAUGCAGCGCUCAGGUGGAGAGCGGUUCAGUUCGUUGGAGGAGCGAUGAAUCCCAGCCUUCAGCUUUUUGUCCGCUGCCCACGAUGUCAGAAGCGUCCUUUGCCUCCUACCACUGGAAGUGAGCUGUGUUAGUCCGCGAAGCUCCUCAGACAUUCUGCCGCAGUAGCAGGAUGUUGGCCCGCAGGACCUCUCCGUUACCAUGGUGAUGGGGCCCUCCAGGGCAGACUCUGUCCCAUACGACGGCAACAUCACGGUGAAGGCGGCUACGCGGUCUGGCGAGUCGCCCGGGGUCUACACCCGGGACCUGGCCAUCGCCGCCCCUGUCUGCUUCACCGGCGGUGUGGUACUGACCCUUAUGGUGGUUUUGAUCUACCAGCGAGUGUCCCGGAGGAGGAGAGAGAAGAAGGCGAGGAAGGAGCGAGAGAAGGUGCAGGAGGCGGAGGGAGGGAGAGCGGAGGAGCAGGACUCCAGCGCCUGGGGGAGGCGGAGGGAGCUGGCCCCUCCAGGAGACCGCAGGCCGCCCUGGGACGGCGGGCCGGGCGCUCUGGACCCAUCGAGAGCCGUGGGCGGCGGCGGACAUCUGAAGUGUCCUCACUGCAGAGGGGCGGGGCCGGGGGCCGGGGACCCCCGGGCUGAGGGUCUGGGGGCCGGGGACCCCCGGGCUGGGGGUCAGGGGGCCGGGGACCCCUGGGCUGGGGGUCUGGGGGCCCGUGAACCCCGGGGUGGGGGCCUCGGGGAGGGGGGGAACCAGACGAGGAGCGAGCAGGGAGGCGCGGGGGGGAGGUCCGGGAUGCUGCCCCACAGGGGGGCGCUGAUCCCCAACGUGGUGGCCAACGGCGGCCCCGGUCACCCCCCCCCCAGAGACAGAGCCCCCCGGGGCAUCCUGAGACCCCACCCCACGGGACAGUGCCCGGUUCAGUCCAGGACCCAUGGAGACCUGUCAGGACGAGGCUCAAUCCACUACAGGUCUGAGGGGCCAGGAGACCCAGACCACUACAGGUCUGGGGGGUCAGGAGACCACUACAAGUCUGGGGGGUCAGGAGACCCAGACCACUACAGGUCUGAGGGGUCAGGAGACCACUACAGGUCUGAGGGGUCAGGAGACCACUACAGUUCUGGGGGGUCAGGAGACCACUACAGGUCUGGGGGGUCAGGAGACCACUACAAGUCUGGGGGGUCAGGAGACCCAGACCACUACAGGUCUGAGGGGUCAAGAGACCACUACAGGUCUGAGGGGUCAGGAGACCACUACAGGUCUGAGGGGUCAGGAGACCACUACAGUUCUGGGGGGUCAGGAGACCACUACAGGUCUGGGGGGUCAGGAGACCACUACAGGUCUGGCCCAGCCCCUCAGGCCAGAGGUUUUCUGUCCAGGCUAAUCUGUGACCACUGCAAUCAAACAUCUGGGGCCAGAGCAGACGAUGUGAGCAGCAGCCAGGAGGGGCUCUCCCUGGGCCCCUCAGAGCGCCCGGCCCUGCCCAAGUCCCGCCCCAGGGCCCGGGGGGCCAGGGACCUCAGCCCCAGAGACAGGAGAGGGAGGAGGAACGUUACCUUCUACCUCGAAAGACCCCUGGAGCCCAGGAGGUCUGGAGACAAGACGAGGAAGAGAGGCGAGGGAGGGAAGAGAGAGGGACGACAGAGGACCAGAGGUCAUUCCAGCAGGCUGCUGAAGGUCAACCUCAACCUGAGUCCGGUCCGGAGGAACAAAGUCCACCCCGGGAAGUCCUCGGAGAAGAGGAGCUCCAGGGGGGAGGGCCGGGGCCCAGAGGGGAGGAAGGAGAAUGCAUCGGAGGGAGAAGGAGAUCAAGGAGGAGGCCGCAAAGAAAAGAAGAAUGAAACAAAGAUCUCCAAAAACAAGAAGGUAGUGGAGGAGAAAAAGACCUCCUCUGAAGAGAAACCCUCCCAACAAAGCUCAGAACUAGACCAAAAGGAUUCUGUAGGGACCACGGACCAAUCAGAAGCCAGCAGAGCUCCUGAGGGCCUGACACCCUCCAACGAACUGGGACAAGACCUGCAGCUGGGCCCGCCUCCAUGUCCUCCCCCCGCCCCGGCCAGCGUCUCUCUGACCCCCAGCACAGCCCGCCCUGCAGCACGCCCCUCCCUGCGCGCCCACCUGCCCCCGGCCCCCACCCUGCUACACCGUCACGCCAACAGUAGCCUGGCUGCUCACGUAGCGUCCCCGGGUCUCCGUGGUCUGACCCCCUACAGGGCCGCUCCUGCCGGCGCCCAGGGCCUGGCUCUCCACAGAGGCUUACGACACAGCGCUUCGGCCGCCUCCCUGCUAGCCAGCCCUGGACGGAGCCGACCUCUGCUGGGCCGGGCCGCCAGCACCCCCUCCCUCUACACCGGGCCGCCUGCAGACCCAGCACCCAGCACCCAGCCUCUGUCCCCGCCUCAGCUGCCUCCUGAGAGCCUCCCUCCGGCCCCCAGACCCCCCGCUGAGAGCCUCCCUCCGGCCCCCAGACCCCCCGCUGAGAGCCUCCCUCUGGCCCCCAGACCCCCCGCUGACCCACCCAAGGGCCCAGGCCUCCAGGCUGGGCAGGACCCCCCGGCCCAGGGGUCUGUGGCUGGGCGUGGUGGAGCAGGGCCUCUGGGAGAGGCUGGAGGGGGAGAUGGAGACCCCCCAGGGCCCCAUUGGUUGGUGGCUGGAGGCCCAGUAGUGGCCAGCCACUCCGCAGGCGGGGCUCGCCGAGGGGCCCUGACUGCUGCAGGGGGUGCCGAAGGGAGUGUGACCUCGGUACCAGUUGAGGGUGCAGAAGAGGGUGUGGUGUCCUCGCCAGGGGGCGUGGUUUCAUCUCCAAGGGGCGUGGCCACCGCCGGGUCUCAGGCCCUGCUGCAGCAGGAGUACCUGUCAGAAGACGGAGGCUCCUCCCCCAAAAGGAAGUUGAAGCUGGUCCUUCCUGAGAAGUCCUCCAGCAGACCUCCCACGGCUCUGGAGAGGAAGAUACGAUAGGAGGACUCAGGGUUAGAUGUCCCCUGACCCCCCACAGCCCUCUGGCGGGGGGGGGGGGGGGGGGGGGUCCCUGGGGUUCAUUGUGGGACCAGCAGCAAGUGGACGUCCCACAGACAUUGAAGGUCUUUUGGGUCCUGAGAGGAAGCUCUGGUCUUCUGAUCCCAGGGUUAGAUGAUCCCAGACGUCUCUUCCAUUGGACACACUUCACCAUGAGCAGACAGAUAUUUGAACCUGAACUAGGAGACAUGUUAAAGAUGUAAGGUAGAGGACUUGGUUAGGAGGAGUCUCUAUGUCUCUAUGUCUGCAGUCUGUAGUCUGUAUGUCUCUCUGUCUGUAGUCUGUAUGUCAAAGGAACAUAAGGAUUUCAGACCCAUAGCCCUUACCUCAGUAAUUAUGAAACCUUAAGAAUUCUGCUCCGACAUAUUAUCUGUACAACAGACAAUAAACGUGGCACCGACAACGCUGUUGCCUCUUUAGUUCAUAUUAUUUCGAAACAUUUAGACGAACCCAAGACCUAUGCAAGAGCCCUCUUUUUAGAUUUUUCAUCAGUCUUCAAUACCAUACAAGCAGACAUUCUGGUGGCAAAAAUGAACCAGCAGGAACUGAAUCCAUACCUGAUACAUUGGUAUGCUUAAUUUCUACAGUUUGUAAAGGUAAACAAAACCCUUUAAUCUGCCAUUACCACCAAUGUUGGGGCCCCCCAGGGUUGUGUGAGUUCAACUAUGCUUUUACGUUCUACACAGAGGAUUGUCGUACAGACACAGCAAAUCAAUUUAUAAUAUAAUACUAUUUAGACUGAAGCACUCUUUUGUUCACCAGUUAACCCUAGAACUGAACCAGGCACUAAAUCCCAGACCGAAAGCCCGCUGAUGGGCCUUAAAUGUUGUCGUCUGUUGCUGUAUUGUCAAGAUGAAUGUAUGUAUUUAAAUUGUAAUUGUGGGUCCUGUCUUGAUGUCCUGUUUUUGAUGUCCUGGCCUGAUGUCUUGUCUGUGAUGUUUGUAAAUAGAGCUGCUUGGGAUGCAAGACAAAUUUCAGACCUGCUCUGACAAUAAAGUAUUAUCGUAUGUCGCUAUGUUUGUAAUCGGUAUGUCUCUCUGUCUCUAGUCUGUAUGUCUGUAGUCUGUCGUCUGUAUGCUGUAGUCUGUAUCUGCAGGGUCGUUGAUGAAGAUUCACUUUCAAUGUUUUGUAAAUACCUUCUAACUCACAUUUGAUUUUUAAUUUCUUAUCUGUUGUACGUGCGUCUUUGUCCGUCUAACUUCCUGGUGUCAUACAGCAGAGAGCAGACCUAAACAUAGACGUACGUCGGUGUGUGUGGGAUACACCAGCAUGGUCUUCACCAAACCAAUAUGGCCAAGAUGUAAACAGACAUACUAACAUGUCAGUACGAACAAGGAUCUCCAGGACGUCCUGUGAAGCGAUUGUAUGCAUAGAACCGGAUUCAGCUCAGAAACCAUCAGAUUCAUUCCUUCAAAGGGAUUAUAUUGGAGGAAAUAAAUUAAACAAAGUAGAAUACAUUUUUCUGACAGUGAGAUUACACAACAGUCGUCAGUCAAGUCAACUGAGCAGUUUUGGUUAGAAUGACCUUUGGAUUCUGAAAUCAAAAGAUUAACUUUGACAUUUAUACCUAUGGCCACUAGAGGGCAGUGUUGGACCAGUGAGAGACCAGUGUUGGACCAGUGGGAGACAUAUAUUUAUCAAUGUAGUGAUAAUGAAUGAUGUCGGACUAAAUAAAAUAUAACAAAAUGCGUACAGUAAUUGUUCAUACUUUUAAUCGUCUAAAAUGUAAUAAAAAUUUGACCAGGAACGAUAAUACAUUAAUUUCCUAAUGCUUUAAAUAUCUAAUCUGAUGAGAGAAUUUAGUUUGAAUAAUUGAGUAACUCAUUAUUCAGCAUGUAAUAAUGGUAAAUUAUCGUACAUAUUGAGAGUGUGUGGUUCUGUUGGCGGCGCACUUCGCUCCACAACCUGUCGCGAGCGUACCCCUCGAGCAGCUGUUCGGAGGAUCUCGCGACGUCUCAGCCAUUGGACGAAGU